AUGGCCCCGUCUUCCCUUGAUGUUCUGCUCAAAGGCAGCUCCGGCCGGAACACGCGCGGUCUAUUGCGGGUGAUCAUUCUCGUUACCAUUGCCGCCGCUGCAGUGUCCAGCCGACUGUUCAGUGUUAUUCGCUUUGAAAGCAUUAUCCACGAAUUCGAUCCGUGGUUCAACUUCCGUGCAACAAAAUACUUGGUCGAAAAUGGCUUCUACAGCUUCUGGGACUGGUUUGAUGACCGAACAUGGCAUCCUCUGGGUCGUGUCACUGGUGGCACAUUGUACCCUGGUCUUAUGGUGACCAGUGGAAUUAUCUACCACAUCCUUCGUCUCCUUACGAUUCCCGUCGACAUUCGCAACGUCUGUGUGCUGCUCGCCCCCGGCUUCUCCGGGCUAACAGCCCUGGCCAUGUAUCUCCUGACCUCUGAGAUGUCUACCUCCCCUUCGGCAGGUCUUUUGGCCGCUGCCUUCAUGGGAAUCACCCCCGGUUACAUCUCCCGUUCCGUCGCAGGAAGUUACGAUAACGAGGCCAUCGCCAUUUUCCUUUUGGUGUUCACAUUCUACCUUUGGAUCAAGGCUGUUAAGAAUGGUUCUAUCAUGUGGGGAGCUUUGACUGCGCUGUUCUAUGGAUACAUGGUCUCAGCUUGGGGUGGAUAUGUUUUCAUUACCAACCUGAUUCCUCUCCAUGUCUUCGUGCUUCUUUGCAUGGGCCGAUACAGCACCCGUGUCUACAUCAGCUACACGACAUGGUACGCUCUGGGUACACUGGGUAGCAUGCAGAUUCCUUUCGUUGGGUUCUUGCCCAUCCGUAACAGUGACCACAUGUCCGCCCUUGGUGUCUUUGGGCUGAUCCAGCUGGUGGCAUUUGCGGAGUUUAUCCGCAGCUACUUGCCCGGCAAGCAGUUCCAGAAGCUUUUGACUUCUAUGAUUCUUCUUACCGUCGGUCUCGGACUCGGUGGCCUCGUCCUGUUGUCUGUCUCCGGAGUGAUUGCCCCCUGGAGUGGUCGUUUCUACUCCCUGUGGGACACUGGUUACGCCAAGGUUCACAUCCCUAUUAUCGCUUCCGUCUCUGAGCACCAGCCUACUGCCUGGCCCGCCUUCUUCUUUGACUUGAACUUCCUGAUCUGGCUCUUCCCCGCAGGUGUGUUCAUGUGCUUCCAAAAGCUCAAGGAUGAGCACGUUUUCGUGGUUAUCUACUCCGUUCUGGCUAGUUACUUCGCGGGUGUUAUGGUUCGUCUGAUGUUGACCUUGACCCCAAUUGUUUGUGUUGCCGCUGCUCUGGCCUUGUCGGCAAUUCUUGACAAUUUCUUGGUUGCAUCGACCCCCUCCCCCACCACCGAAAGCAAGGCCAAGGCAAGCACAGAGGACAAAUCACUUCGCUCCACUCGGGAACCCGUGAUUGGUAUCUACUCAUACCUAUCCAAGGCUGUUGUCACUGGAUCGAUCACCCUUUACUUGCUUCUCUUCGUUGCACACUGCACCUGGGUUACUUCCAACGCGUACUCGUCGCCAUCCGUUGUCCUGGCCAGCAAGCUUCCCGAUGGAAGUCAGUUCAUCAUUGACGAUUACCGUGAGGCCUACUACUGGCUCCGCCAGAACACCCCUGACAACGCUAAGAUCAUGUCCUGGUGGGAUUACGGAUACCAGAUUGGUGGCAUGGCUGAUCGCCCCACUCUGGUCGAUAACAACACCUGGAACAACACUCACAUUGCCACUGUCGGUAAGGCUAUGAGCUCCCGUGAGGAAGUCAGCUACCCGAUCCUCCGCCAACAUGAUGUCGACUAUGUCUUGGUCGUGUUUGGUGGACUCCUGGGUUACUCCGGUGAUGACCUGAACAAGUUCCUUUGGAUGGUUCGUAUUGCUGAGGGUAUCUGGCCCGAUGAGGUGAAGGAGCGUGACUACUUCACUGCUCGUGGCGAGUACCGUGUUGACGAGGAGGCCACUCCUGCCAUGAAGAACAGCUUGAUGUACAAGAUGUCUUACCACAACUACCAGAGCCUCUUCCCAGCAGGCCAAGCCAUGGACCGUGUCCGUGGCACAAAGCUGCCCAAGGAAAGCCCCCAGCUCAACACUUUGGAGGAGGCCUUCACCAGUGAGAACUGGAUCGUUCGUCUCUACAAGGUCAAGGACCUUGACAACCUCGGCCGUGAUCACAGCCAUGCUGUUGCCUUUGACAAGGGUCUUAAGCGCAAGCGUGCUACCAAACACAAGGGUCCUCGUGUUCUGCGAACCGAGUAG